AUGUCACCAAUUGUUCAUUGUGUGCGCCACGCGCAGGGGGUCCAUAAUCUCAGCCAUGCAAACCACCAUUUGCCUGAUCCCGAGCUAACAUCUUUGGGAGGAGAGCAAGCUCGGGUAUUGGCUGCUAGCUUCUCUUCAUCGGAAAACAUCCAAUUGAUUCUGUCAUCGCCAUUGCGACGCACGAUUCAGACCGCGCUUUUGGCGUUCCCUGGCAUGCAGGUGGUUGCCUGGCCAGAGUUGCAGGAAGCAAGUGAUCUUAUCUGUGACACUGGGAGUGACCUGCUUGAUAUAAAGUCCGAAUUCGAGAAAUCACUGGUUGAUUUCUCUUUGGUAGAGCCUGGCUGGCACAUCAAGCAAGGAAAAUGGGCCCCAAUCGCAAAAAGGCUCUUGGAAAGAGCUCAAUCAGCACGACAGUGGCUGAGCCAACGAUCUGAGAAGGAGAUUGUGGUGGUUUCACAUGGCUGUUUUCUACAUUUUCUUACAGAUGAUUGGGUGAAUGCCGUUAAUUCACAUGCAACCGACUGGACCAAUGCUGAGUUUCGCUCCUUUAAAUUUGCACAUGACGAGGACAAAACGCCGGCUCUGCGUGAGACCAUAGAAUCUAGGGAAAGACGAGGGUUGGGGCCAGUUCCCCCGACCCAAAAACAACAGCUGGAGCUGCAGCAGACGACUCUUGAAACUUGGAUCAAAUGGGGUGUCAUAUUGGCGUAG